UGGGUGGUAUGGUAGCCUAGAGUAGAGAGUAGAGACGGUACUGCUGCCAGGCAGCCUCCUUGCAAAACAGCCACCCUCGGCAGCUCGGAAUGAGAGGGACAGGGGUGAGAGCGAGGGGCGAGGCCGAGGCCCAACACACAAGCACAAGCUCCAGACAGCGACCCGAGUUGCCUUUGCCUGUGGCUGUGUGGGUGUGUGGGAGAUGAAAGCGAGGGCUCGGCCAUAACUAGGGAUCGAGCUACUGCCCAGCUAGCUGCUCCUGCUCGGCCUAGGCCUACGCCAACCGGGCUCAGCUGAGGCUGAGGCUGGCUUGCGCUGUACGCGUCCGUGUCCUCCGCGCGCCGGCAGGGGGUGACUACGUGAGCGUGAGCGUGAGCGCGAGCGCGGCAUGGACUGGGAUCUCAAGAUGCCGCCCGGCGCAUGGGACCUCGCCGACCUGGAGAGCGACGCCGCGCCGGCGCCGGCCGGUGGCAUUGCUAAUGCGGAGUGCUCCGUGGACCUGAAGCUCGGCGGGCUCGGCGAGUGCGGCGCUGCCCCGGACACCCGCGGCCUCGGCAAAGCGCCGGCCGAGGCGGCGGCGUCGCCCAGCGCGGCCAAGCGCCCGCGCGCGUCGUCGGGAGGCGGCGCGGGGCAGCACCAGCAGUGCCCGUCGUGCGCGGUGGACGGGUGCAGGGCCGACCUGAGCAGGUGCCGCGACUACCAUCGCCGCCACAAGGUGUGCGAGGCGCACUCCAAGACCCCCGUCGUCACCGUCGCCGGCCGCGAGAUGCGCUUCUGCCAACAGUGCAGCAGGUUUCACCUGCUUACGGAGUUUGAUGAGGCCAAACGCAGCUGUAGAAAGCGUCUUGAUGGGCACAACCGUCGCCGCAGGAAACCGCAGCCGGAUCCGAUGAAUUCUGCAAGUUUUAUGACGAGUCAACAAGGAACAAGGUUUCCAUCAUUUCCAACUCCAAGACCGGAGCAAAACUGGCCAGGGAUCAUUAAAACUGAGGAGAACCCCUAUUACACACAUCAGCUCCCUCUAGGCAUCAGUAACAGGCAUCAUUUUGGUGGCUCUACAUCUACUUUCGCGAAAGAAGGACGGAGAUUUCCUUUCCUACAGGAGGGCGAAAUAAACUUUGCCACCGGUGUGGCACUUGAGCCUGCAGUGUGCCAGCCGCUGCUCAAGACGGUAGCUCCUCCCGAGAGCAGCAGCAGCAGCAGCAAGAUGUUCUCCGAUGGUCUGACUCCGGUGCUCGACUCGGACUGUGCUCUCUCUCUUCUGUCAGCUCCGGCAAAUUCCUCCGGUAUCGAUGUUGGCCAGAUGGUCCAACAGACUGAACACAUCCCCAUUGCCCAACCUCUGUUCUCCAACCUGCAGCAAUUCAGCAGCUCGUCCUGGUUCUCGCGCACCCAGGCUUCCACCGGCACCGUCUCAGCGACCGGAUUUUCCUGCCCCGUGGUGGAAAAUGAGCAGCUGAACAAUGUCCUAACCUCGGACAACAAUGACUUGAACUACAAUGGGAUUUUUCAUGUCGGAGGCGAAGGCUCCUCAGACGGCGCUCCGCCAUCUCUGCCCUUCCCGUGGCAGUAGUUUUCAGUGGCUGUUCAUGUGUUGCUUACAGUAGAGCGCAUCUUUUCUCCCUAGUGAUCAACAUUUGCUUCUGUUCAAUCUGAAUCAUUCCUUUCACUUGUAUUCCUUUUACUUGCCAGCAUUCGUGUGAACAGAUUCAGCAUAAAUCAAUUCCUCGAAA